GGCCCGCGCAGGCCCAUGGCGGCGGCCGCGGCGCUCCCGGGCGCGGGCGGGCCUCCCGCGGGCGGCGGGGCCGGCGGCGGCGGCGGGGCCGGCGGCGGGUCCCCGCCGGGCGGCUGGGCCGUGGCGCGCCUCGAGGGCCGCGAGUUCGAGUACCUGAUGAAGAAGCGCUCGGUGACCAUCGGCCGCAACUCGUCGCAGGGCUCGGUGGACGUGAGCAUGGGCCACUCGAGCUUCAUCUCGCGGCGCCACCUGGAGAUCUUCACGCCCCCGGGCGGCGGCCAUGGCGGGGCGGCCCCCGAGCCCUCGGCGCAGCCCGGGCCCGACUCCGGCGGCGACUUCUACCUGCGCUGCCUCGGCAAGAACGGCGUGUUCGUGGACGGCGUGUUCCAGAGGCGCGGGGCGCCGCCGCUGCAGCUGCCGCGCGUGUGCACGUUCCGGUUCCCGAGCACCAACAUCAAGAUCACGUUCACGGCGCUGUCCAGCUCCAGCGAGAAGAGGGGGCCGCCGGAGGCGCCUGCGUCCCCGGGGAAGCCCACGCAGGCCCACGCCUCGCCCCUGACCAUCAGCAUUCCAGACUCCAUGGCCCACCUCCUCAGCCCCCUGCCCUCCCCCACGGGGACCAUCAGCGCCGCGAACUCCUGCCCGUCCAGCCCCCGGGGAGCAGGGUCUUCAGGGUACAAGAUGGGCCGCGUGAUGCCCUCUGACCUCAGUUUGAUGGCUGACAGCUCGCAGCCCGAGAACGAGAAGGAAGCUUCCGGUGGAGACAGCCCGAAGGACGACUCGAAGCCGCCCUACUCCUACGCUCAGCUCAUCGUGCAGGCCAUCACCAUGGCCCCCGACAAGCAGCUCACCCUGAACGGGAUCUACACGCACAUCACCAAGAACUACCCCUACUACCGGACCGCCGACAAGGGCUGGCAGAAUUCGAUUCGCCACAACCUCUCUCUGAACCGCUACUUCAUCAAAGUGCCGCGCUCCCAGGAGGAGCCGGGCAAGGGCUCCUUUUGGAGGGUGGACCCCGCCUCGGAGAGCAAGCUGGUGGAGCAGGCCUUCCGGAAGCGGCGGCCACGAGGUGUGCCCUGCUUCAGGACGCCCCUCGGGCCGCUCUCGUCCAGGAGCGCCCCGGCCUCGCCCAACCACGCCGGAGUGCUGUCCGCUCACUCCAGUGGCGCCCAGACCCCCGAGAGCCUGUCCCGCGAGGGCUCGCCGGCCCCCCUGGAGCCCGAGCCCGGUGCUGCGCAGCCCAAGCUGGCGGUCAUCCAGGAGGCACGGUCCGCACAGAGUGCACCAGGCUCCCCGCUGUCCAGCCAGCCCGUGCUCAUCGCCGUGCAGCGGCCGCUGCCCCCGACCAUCAAGCCCGUGACCUACGCGCUCGCCGCCCCCGCGCCGGCCCCGGCCUCGCAGCCGCCCGUGGUGCAGACGGUGCACGUGGUCCACCAGAUCCCGGCCGUGUCCGUCACCAGCGUUGCCGGGCAGGCGGUGGUCGCACAGGCCGCCGUGCUGGCCCCCCCGAAGGCGGAGCCACAGGAGAACGGGGAUCACCGGGAGGUGAAAGUGAAAGUGGAGCCCGUCCCCGCCGUGAGCCGGGUUGUCCAGGCGGCGCAGGGCAGCCCGGUGCAGACGGUCACCAUCGUGCAGCACGCGCCGCUGGGCCAGCACCAGCUGCCGAUCCAGACGGUCACGCAGAAUGGGACGCACGCGGUGCCGGUGCCCACCGCUCACGGCCCGGGCGGCAGCGCGGCGGCCAGCCCUCUGCACAUGCUGGCGACGCACGCCUCCGCGUCCGCCUCCCUGCCCACGAAGCGCCAGAACGGCGGCCAGUCGGAGCAGCCGGAGCUGAAGCGGGUCAAGACCGAGGACGGCGAGAGCCUCGUCAUCGCCCUGAGUGUGGACACGCCCCCGGCGGCCGUGCGGGAGAAGGGCCUCCAGAACUAGCGCCGAGAGCGCUCCGCUCUGCCGUCCACUCUGGUGCCAAAAGGAGACGCCGCCCUCGCCGCUCGGGGGGCAGAGGGCCCUGCGGUUGGACCUGAUGUCAGCGCCGCAGAUGAAACCCAGGUGGCCUUACGACUCCUGCAGACGGAAGUCACCCCGAACUCGAGAACCGCACGGCCCGGUUCUGCAGCGCCGGCCCGGCGCACACCUUCGAACUCCGAGCAAAGACUCCCGUCCUUCGAGUAAGGAGGGCGCCUGGCGCGGGCGCGCGGGGCUGCCCCGCCACCCGAGGACCCGAGGGGCUGGCAGACGAGACAGUAUUUUGUUGUUCAUGUGGAAUUAGAGUAUUUUGAGUACUUUCUUUCUUUACGAAACGACGGGGUCUGCGACAUUUCAGAGCACUCCAGCUCCCCUGGGGAGGUUUGGACUCGCAGGGCCUGCGGCGCGGAUCUCACGCGGAGGCGAGGAACCGCGCGGCCCUGCCUGUGUUCGGCCUGCGCAAGGAUCUGCGUGUCCGGUUCGAGCGCCGGGGGCCACGUGACGACAGCUGCCGGAUGAAUUGGCAGCUGCGCGCGGGCCGCCGGGGCCGCCGCGGGCCUCACGGACGCACCGCGGGCCUCGCGGGCUGCACUUACCUGUCUCUUGCUCCUUUCUGUUGUUUGUUCUCUGUGUUGGCCUGGUCCCUGGUCCGUUUUCCACUCUCAGUAAAGCGAGUCUCCUGAGUGCUGUGUGUUUGAAACGGCAGAACCAUUCCUGCUCCGUCCGGGGAACCGGUUCGUCUGUGAUCACACUCCCUUCCCAGUGGGUGUCUCGGGCCUCGCGGUGGCACGUUUGCUAUUUUAGGUGCCGUCACCGCUCGGCCCGGUCCAACCAGCUGUCUGCCCGGCGGCCGCGCUCACCCGGGAGCAGCUGCGGGGCGUGCGGAACCGCGGGCGCAUCGGGGGUCUGGGCAGCGGAGGCCCUGGGGUCGCGCACUGGGGACGCCCAGGUGAUUUCCCGAUUUGUAACAGCGAGUUCCCCUCCACCCGUCGGGACCGACCCCACCGCUGAGGCCGACUUCCCUCCCACGGAGAGUGACAGCGAGAGGGAGGGAGACGAAGGGGGGCGGGGGGGGUAGGGGGCCCCCAGGCCCGGCCCAGCUCCUCCCGCGGGAAACCGCUCGCCCUUUCCGGAGCGUCCCGGGGCUGGGCUGAGCAGCCGUGCAACUAGAAAGAGGGCUUGGGCCUUAUUGUGAAUUUUUAAAUGUCAUCACCGUAACGUUAUUUAUUUAAAUGUAGUUAUUUUGGUAUUUAAUUUUUUUUAAAGAGAGGAGAAAACCCUGUAUUUUCCUGGCGGGAUGAAUCGGCUCAGAAUGGUAUAUUUAGGCAACUUUAAAACAUUUAUUAUUUACCUGAAGACCAAAUAUGAUGGAUCUGUUCUAAGUGUUGUGUGUCGAUCCCAAGUGUGGGGCUGUCACAGUGUCGCUGCAGAUGAUGCGCGUUGGGAACUGUGGAGAUACUGCACAGCAGCUGGAUUUAUAACUCAGCCAUUU